AUGGCGCCGACCAUCGACGCCAAAGUUUCCGCUGUGCACGACUUGCCUACCCCCGAACCUGAAUCUCCCCUCAGACAACGCAAGCCGUAUCGCUUUUCGACCUUAUGCGCGACUGUUGAAAACCCAGAGUUGAAGGACCAAUAUGGGAGUAGUUCUGUCCCCAUCUACCAAUCAGCCACUUUCAAAGGCGUUGGAAAUGUGUUUGAUUAUUCUCGGAGCGGCAAUCCCACUCGCAGUCAUCUAGAACACCACAUCGCCAAAAUAUCGUCCGCGAACCACGCUAUGUCUGUCGCUUCUGGAAUGGCUGCUUUGGACGUCAUUCUCCGCCUUUUAAAACCAGGGGAUGAGGUUAUCGCUGGCGAUGACUUGUACGGAGGCACAAACAGACUCUUGUCUUAUAUCCAAACGCACGGGGGUGUUAUUGUUCAUCAUGUCGACACAACCGACCCAGCAUCUGUUUUGCCAUUCAUCAACCCUACAAGUACUCGAAUGGUUCUUCUCGAGUCUCCGACAAACCCGUUGCUCAAAAUCGUCGACCUCGCAGCCAUUAGCAAAGACGUCAAAGAGCGGGCACCCAACGCUCUUGUGGUGGUCGACAACACUAUGAUGAGUCCUUACCUCCAACGACCACUCGAACAUGGCGCGGACAUCGUAUAUGACAGCGCCACAAAAUAUCUGAGUGGGCACCAUGACCUGAUGGCUGGGGUCAUAACCUGUAACCGCGACGAUCUCCACCAACAGAUGGCAUUCACAAUUAAUGCUGUAGGGAAUGCCCUUGCACCCAAUGACUGCUUCUUGCUUCUCCGAGGCACAAAAACACUUGCAUUGCGUAUGGAUCGUCAACAAACAUCAUCCCAGCUUGUUGCUGCCUAUCUCCACAACCUUGGCUUCACGACACAUUAUCCCGGUCUUCCCAAUCACCCCAAUCGACAGGUUCACGCUCGAAUAUCAUCCGGCAAUGGUGCCGUCCUCAGUUUCGAGACGGGUAAUAAGGAGCUGAGUGAGCGCAUCGUCGGUGGGACGAGGUUAUGGGGGAUAAGCGUCAGUUUUGGAUGCGUUAAUAGUCUGAUCAGCAUGCCUUGUGUUAUGUCUCAUGCAUCGAUUGACGCUGCAACUCGAGCAGCGCGAGGACUGCCAGAGGAUCUCAUUCGUCUUUGUGUCGGAAUUGAAGAUCCAGUCGACCUCAUUGAUGACCUCGAACACGCGCUAAUCGAUGCUGGGGCCAUCACAUUCAACCCACAACUGAACAACUACGCACGUGUCCUACCACCGACCCUUGAACAAGCUGUGCAGAAACUGGGCCUCUACGAUCCACGUCAAGAUGCGCAGGAAUGGUUUGUCAGUGCACCUGGCAAAGUUAUCCUCUUUGGCGAACACGCUGUGGUACAUGGAGUGCCUGCUAUAGCCGCUUCCAUCGACCUACGUUGUUAUGGUCUGGCAACACCUCGCGACGAUGCCAAACUAUCAGUACAUUUUGCUGAUAUUGACAACUUUUAUCACGAAUGGGAUAUUGAAGAGCUCCCUUGGCAUGCUGGGAUACCACUGGCUGCAGGAGAGGAACAUCCUGAGCUACUCGAUCAAGCACUGGUCGAUGCCAUCAAUAUGGGACCUUUGCGCCAUAUAUCCGAUCUCGCGAAACAUGCCAAAAUCGCGGCCUUGGCCGUUCUAUAUAUAUAUAUUCAAGUUGGUCGGAACAAACGACCUGCGGUAAACCUUGCUACACGGGCUACUCUACCUGUUGGCGCUGGCCUGGGAUCCUCCGCCUCAUUUUCGACGUGCAUUGCUUCAUCACUCUUACUGAUCAAUCAAGACAUAACCCUCCCUCCGCCUUCAGCUAACUCUGAUGACGCCCUUCAUGUCCAUCAAGGAAGGAAAUUUAUCCCACAGUCCAUUGCGCAACGUGUCAACAAGUGGGCUUUUGUCUCUGAAAAGAUUCUGCAUGGUACCCCCAGUGGCAUAGACAACAGCGUGGCUGUUUUCGGAGGCGCUUUGGUUUAUACCAAGACUCCAACAAGCGUGGAAAUGGAGCCAAUCCAGAGCUUCAAAUCGCUCAAAUUUUUGCUAACCAAUUCCAAGGUUCCGCGGGACACCAAGCAACUUGUGGCUGCCGUUGGGGCUCUCAAGGCUCGCGAGCCUCAACAUGUCGACGCCCUUUUCAACGCUAUCCGUAAUAUCAGCGAAGAGGCCAGAAGGGCGUUAGCUGACGCUGAACUUUCCCGAGUGGAACUUUUGGCGGCAUUAUCGCGUAUCCAGUUGCUCAUUGAUCAAAACCAUCAGCACCUUAUCGCGUUGGGCGUCUCUCAUCCAUCUCUGGAAGCGAUCAGAUCUACUGCUGCAGCGGAACCUUUCAAAUUAAGCACCAAGUUAACAGGUGCAGGAGGUGGUGGUUGUGCAGUCACAUUAUUACCAGAUGAAUUCCAACCGGAAUCUCUAUUGGAUCUUACUGGUCAACUUGAGAUCCAACAAUUCGUGCCAUAUACCGUUGCUGUUGGUGGUAGCGGACUUGGUAUCCUCUCCCCUUAUGCAGCCCCGAAUCUAACGGAAACAAAAUCAACAAUUGUUAGUGAUCAAAUGACACCCCCGGAAACACCGGGUUUUAUGUCUUUUGAUACCCUGAUGCGAAUCGCUUUUGAGAAGCAGAGCACUGACUCACUUCCGAGAUGGGCUGAUAGUUUGGGGCAUUGGCUCUAUGUGUGA